AUGGCAGCCGAUCAAACCUCGUACAUCAACUACAUUAAACCCUUGAUCCUGGCCCUCGAGUUAGAUGCGCCCCAUGUACUGUCUAUCAUCGACACCAAGGAUGACUGGUACUUCAAAAUUCAUCCGCAGAGAAUGGUUCCAGCCCUUAAAGACAGUGAUCCGGAGACUGGGGACACCGUCAUUGUUUUUGAAUCUACGGCAUGUCUCCAGUAUCUUGGUGAGCGCUUCGACAAGGACGGUAAGUGGGUAGGAAGGAAUGCAUCAGAAAAGGGCAGGAUCUUGGCCUGGACAUCGUACCAGACAGCAGCCUUGGGACUAAAGAAGGACACUCUACGGCAGUGGGACAUUUUGGAGAAACGGCUAGCGGAGUCAGGACAAGCGUAUAUUGCACUGAAAGACCGUCCAACUAUCGCUGAUAUUUCCUACCUGCCCUUCUCGAUGCCAUACAUGUUCAAUCUGUUCGGAGUCAGCAUUCACGACUGGCCACAUAUCGACAAAUGGUCUGAGAAGAUGCUGGGCCGCCAGGCUGUUAGGACUGUUCUGGAGCAGGCGCCUAGAUUCGGCCACGAUGUGUGA